AUGUCAGAUCAGGGUGAGCAGUAUGAGAAUUCCUGGAUUCUUUAUCACGUCCUCGACAGGUUCAUAGGGAGCCGUGAGAUUGUGGCCUUCAGAAGGAAAAAAUGUGUUUUAAGUGAUCAGUUCGAUAAUCAAAAUAAAAUGGGAUCCAAAACAUUUUCUACAGGAAGUAAAGCCGAAGGAAUGGAUAUGCAAGGUUCGGAUGAUGACCAGAUGUUUACCGAUACAAAUGUGACAGUUUUGUGUCCCUACUCCAGUAAUCCACCAGACUACAAGGAUAAAACUGUCUUGAUAACGGGGGACACUGAUAGCAGACCUGGUUAUGUAACUCUAAAAAUAGUUCAUAUCGGAGAAAGUGUUGAAAAAUGUAUGUUCGAAUCUAUGGUUCCAGUUGAAGGAGAACAUUUCAUAUCAAGUGAAAUUUACGCGAUGUAUAGUAAUGAAUAUUUUAGAGAACACUUUCAGUUACACAUGGACAUUCAUGGUCCAGCUUCUAAUAUUAAGAUUGAACAAAGUAAUCUGGAGGCAGAUUUAGAUAUUGUGACCUCAUUGCGGUGUUAUAGUUGGCCCAAGGAUGCAGAUGAGUGGGUGACCAGGCCCCGCAUCCACAACUGGCCAGAACAAGCAUUGAUAGAAAAGAUAGUACAAGGUGGUUUUCAUCUUGUCCCUGUAGGGGACAAAACGUCUGCUGACACAUUUCUACAGUGGAGGAUUUCGUUCACAACUGCUGAAAGGAAACUUAUAUAUUCCUUCACUCAUGUUCAAUUUUUAGUGUAUGGACUUCUCAAGUACUUCCUCAAACAAAUAUCAGAAACAUUGAAACAGUUAGUAGGAGAUGAAGAUAUCCUGUCAUCCUAUAUUAUAAAAACUGUUUUAUUCCAUGCAGUAGAAAGCACGCCCGAUUCGUUCUGGCAAGAAAAGAAUACAUUUUCUUGUUUCAUGUUUUGUUUAAACAUUCUGAUAUCCUGGGUGAAGGUAGGAUAUUGUCCUAAUUACUUCAUUAAUAAAAAAAAUAUGUUUCUUGGAAAAGUUCAUGGUGAAAAUCAGGAAAAACUCCUUCAUUUUCUCGUUGAUCUCCAUGAUAAGAAAUGGGGAUGUCUUUCAGUUGGAACAUUCAUACAACCAUCCAUAGGAGAGCGUAUGAAUACAGUGAGGAAUGGAUCAUUGGAAUAUGUUCUACAGCCUUCCAAAGAAUUAGAACGGGAAUGUGAUUUACAGAUAAUGGCUGACAUUCUAGAUAGUUGCAUUUCCUCAGAAGUACUUCAUGCGUCACUGGCAAUCCUGUCUAAAUCGAAGUCAGACAUGGAUGAAUUCGUAGGUUACGCUUCUUCUGUACGGGCUCUGUGUUGUACAGGAAUGGAGACUUUCGAGAAACACAUUGCCGUGACAGGAAAUAAAGAGAAGUACAAAUCGCUCAAGAAAUCCAAAAAACUUCUGACACCGCUUGCGGCAAUGUUUACAAGUGAAGGACAGUUAACAUUAGCAACAUAUUACUACCAAACUGGGAAUUACAAUAAAGCUCUGGAAAUAUGCGGAAAUAAUUCUUUUUCAAUUGUUCAGUUCUGUAGACAAAGUUUCUGUUGUCGUGGAAAUACUCUUCUGCAGAAAUGCAAGGCUUAUGCAUCAAAUAUCAGAUUCAACAAGCAUGCUUCACAAUUCUGCCCAUCACAGUUACAUCAGGAAAUCAGACGAAUUACUAUCGAACCUAGUCUGGCAAUACCGCCGCUCCCCUUCGCUGCGUUCCUGUCUUUCCUGUGUUACCACGAACUAGGAGACACCAGGAGACGUGAUGCAGCAUUGAUCCACCUUUGGACUGUGAAAUAUGAUGAGGAACAAGGGGUUGGAUGUCAAUGGAUUGUGCACAAUCUCCUGGGAAUUUGUUAUGAGAUGGUUGGGGAUACAAAAAGAGCUCUCAGGGAAUACAGAGACUCUCUAACUGUUAGAAAUUUUUUUCAAUAUAGGAACCCGGCCAAGCAGAGGAUAGAACGGCUACAACAGUUAUAA